UGGUCAUUGGCGGUGUCACCGCAUAAUUCGGACGAAAUUUUUUCCUAAAUAUAAUGUUUGUGUCUUUUGUCUCUUUCUUACUUUGUUUUUUUUUUUGCUGACUUUUGCGUUGCACACACUCUCUCUUUCUCUCUGAUAAAAAUCAUUUGUGUCUGUCUGUGAGUAAGAGAGAGAAAAUGGUGAACAUGAUGGAAUGGCAGAAACAACAAGUACAGAAUGGGAAUGUCGAAGCGAUGUAUGUUAAGGUGAUGACUGAUGAACAAUUGGAAACUUUGAGGAAACAAAUUGCUGUUUAUGCUACCAUUUGUGAACAACUUGUUGAGAUGCAUAAAACACUCUCUGCUCAACAAGAUCUUGCUGGGGUUAGGUUGGGGAAUUUAUACUGCGACUCAUUGAUGACAGCUGGUCACAAAAUCACAUCCAGACAGAGGUGGACUCCUACACCGGUUCAGCUCCAGAUUCUUGAGCGUAUAUUCGAUCAGGGAAAUGGAACUCCAAGCAAAGAAAAAAUCAAGGAGAUUGCUACUGAACUCAGCCAGCAUGGCCAAAUUUCUGAAACGAAUGUUUAUAAUUGGUUCCAAAAUAGGCGUGCUAGAUCGAAAAGAAAAAUGCAAAAUGGGGGAACUAGUAACACUGAAUCAGAGGUAGAGACUGAGGUUGAUUCCAAGGAUAAGAAGACAAAACCAGAGGAAUUUCAUUCUCAACAAAGUGCUGCUCUAGGGGAUGAAAAUUUGUGCUUCCAGAACCAAGAAAAAUGCUCUGAAUUGCAGUACUUGAAUCAUGGUUCUAACAAAACAUAUUCUGUGUUUCCAUCGGAUGGCGGUAUAAGAUCCACAAGAAAUUUGAGUGGCGUAUCUCUUUAUGAUGAAGUGCUAUCAAACUCAAGGAAUGACUAUCUAGGUGGAAAAAUGGAAGUAUCUGGGAGUUACAAUAUAUACCAGCAAGCAGAGGACUUCAAUUUGGCAGGUUGAUAUUUUGGUGCAACUUCUAUCAAUUAUGACUAAGCUGUGAAUAACUUCGAGUGUGUUGCUUGGGCUUAUGUUCGUGUGAAAUCAAAUUGAAUCAAUCAAAGCUAUUAAUAUAGCAACCUCUUAAGAUAGUUCCUGGAAAUAUUGCAUAUAAAUGUUAUUACAUCAUAUUUUGGAGCUUGUUUCUUGGUUGCAUAUUUUUACUAUUUUCUUCCUACAAGAAAAUAUAUUGAGGAACUAAACGCCCACGAUUAUUUUACUUCCAGUUCAGAAGGAUUAUGUAAUGCCUAUAUAUUUCUAUGUUUUGUUUCUACUUUUAA